AUGGGGGAAAAGCUCGACCCGGAACUCUCUUCCGACGGACCUCACACGAAGUCGUCGUCCAAGGGUCAAGGGACCAGUACGGACAAUGCUCCAGCGUCGAAGCGACGUUGUGUGAGCACAGCGUGCAUUGCUUGCCGCAGGCGGAAAUCAAAGUGUGAUGGAAAUCUUCCAAGUUGCGCCGCCUGCUCCUCCGUCUAUCAUACAACCUGCGUUUAUGAUCCAAACUCCGACCACCGGCGAAAAGGAGUUUACAAGAAGGAUACGGACACGUUAAGAACUAAGAACUCUACCUUGUUAACUUUGAUUCAGGCGCUGCUCAACUAUGAGGAGGAAGAUGCCUUCGACCUGGUCCGCCAAAUCCGGUCCUGUGAUAACCUGGAAGACGUAGCGCAAUCUCUCGUAAACCAGGAAAAGAAGUCGUCUGGUUGGCUGUCAAAUGCGGUAAUACAUGAAGAGAACGAUAUCGCGCAGACGGAUCAAUUCGAGUCUGAAUUGGCUGGAAAGAUGAGCAACCUCGUGCUAGACGGAUCCCGCAAGUUUAUUGGCGGGACGUCAAACCUCAUCUUCCUACCACCCGGAUCGGAACUCAACGAGUUCAAGCCUGGCUUGGCUACUAACGGCGAUCUGGAGGGAUCCGUCACCCGGUGGACGACAGUUACUGAUGAUCAGCAGCUUAUUAGCCAUCUCUUGACAAUGUACUUUUCAUGGCAUUAUCCUUUCUUCACCACUCUGUCCAAGGAACUCUUCUACCGUGAUUACUCUCGUGGAGUGCCGAGCCAGUAUUGCUCUUCCUUGCUUGUUAACACGAUGCUGGCCUUGGGGUGUCACUUCAGCUCCUGGCCAGGGGCCCGUGAAGAUCCAGACAACUCUGCUACCGCCGGUGAUCACUUUUUCAAAGAAGCGAAGAGAUUGAUCCUUGACAACGACGAGCUUGUCAACUCAAAGCUUUGCACCGUGCAAGCUCUGGCUCUUAUGUCCGUACGAGAGGCCGGAUGUGGCCGUGAAGGGAAAGGCUGGGUUUAUAGCGGAAUGAGUUUCCGCAUGGCAUUUGACUUGGGCUUGAAUCUUGAGUCUUCGAGCUUACGAGAUCUCAGCGAAGAAGAGAUAGAUGCAAGACGCAUCACUUUUUGGGGUUGUUUCCUCUUCGACAAAUGUUGGUCUAAUUAUCUUGGACGGCAGCCUCAGUUCACGACAGCGAACACAAGUGUUUCCGCAGUGGAUAUUCUACCCAACGAAGAAUCAACAUUAUGGUCUCCUUACAGUGAUAUGGGGCCUAGUCGGGAGUAUGCACAACCUUCGCGGACAAGGGCAGUCGCAGACCAGAUUUCCCAAUUGUGUAAGAUCAGUGGAGAUCUAGUGGUGUUUUUCUACGACCUUGCUCCCAAAGAAAAGCCAUCGUCCAAGCAACUGGAGCUAAAGAAGCUAAGUGAGAUUCAUACUCGCUUAGAAGCGUGGAAGAAAGGCUUGCCGAAGGAACUCGAGCCGCGCGAAGGCCAGCUUCCGCAGGCGCUACUCAUGCACAUGUUCUACCAACUUCUCCUCAUUCACCUUUACCGCCCCUUCCUCAAAUACACAAAGUCGACCUCCCCGCUUCCUCAGCAUGUCUCUCCCCGCAAGCUAUGCACUCAGGCGGCAGCUGCUAUAUCGAAGUUACUACGGCUUUAUAAACGCACAUACGGGUUUAAGCAGAUCUGCAAUAUCGCCGUUUAUAUUGCGCAUACAGCCUUGACAAUCCACCUUCUCAAUCUACCCGAAAAGAAUGCACAGAGAGAUGUAAUACACGGCCUGAGACAUCUCGAAGAGAUGGGAGAGUCUUGGCUUUGUGCUCGCCGGACGCUUCGUAUUCUCGACAUAUCUGCCAGUAAGUGGCAGGUACAACUACCGAGGGAGGCCGUUAUCGUCUUCGAACAAACACAUGCUCGAUGGGGCUCGUGGGGCCCUUGGGACCAAGCAGCAUCGCCUUCAACAACCUCGGAUUCACCGCCAUCCGUCAGCUCCCAGUCCGUGGUUGCCACCACGGAUCUAUCCCAACCUGUAUCCCAGUCUGCGGGCAAUCAGCCUGCCAAUCCUUCUAUGGGUACGUCUCCGAACCUAACACAGCCCGUAGCCUCUCAAUAUUCUUCCACGCCUUCUGGACCUGUCUCUGUAUCUGCAAUGCGUGCUGUUCAACGAUCUUUCAGUGCUCAACUUGCACACAACGAAGCCCGACAACCUGAACCUACGUAUCUAAGACCGGUCUCUACCAGCUAUGGACCAGUUCCGUCAACUCAGUCUGCACAAGAGCAGUGGUACAGCCCAACUGAGGCACAAUUCCGCGCAUUUACUGCUGCUCACAGUAUGCCUACAACAUCAGCCCAAUCUCCGUUGACCACCUUUGAUACACCAGAAAAUCUGGUUGAGGAAAGUCAGGACUGGUGGUCUCGCGACGUUAAUGCACUACAACUCGGGGCCGAGGACUGGACUCAGAAUUGGAAUAAUGGUCUCCCCACCACAUCGGCCGACUGGCGCUAUGUGGACAAUGUCCCCAACAUCCCUUCUACAUCUGCGCCCGAUGCCGAUUACAAGCCUCCACAACCACCUCCCAACAUGGCAAGACCGAAUCAAUAUCCAACUGACCCUGUUGCGAACGUGAACAGCAACCAAACCAACAUGAUUUUCCCCGGCAGUUUUCAGCGAUAG